AUGGCGGACGCCGCUGCUGAGAUGGAGGAGGGAGGAAUGGCGAGGACGCUGAAGGACCUGCUCGCCGGCGCUGCAGGCGGAGUUGCGCAGGUACUCAUAGGCCAACCUUUCGACAUAGUAAAAGUCCGCCUGCAAACCACAACCCGAUACCCCAACGCCUUCGCCGCCGCAAAAACCAUCUACGCCCAAGAGGGUGCCCUCGCCUUCUACAAAGGCACCCUCACGCCCCUGAUCGGAAUCGGCGCCUGCGUCUCGGUGCAGUUUGGCGCCUUCCACGAAGCCCGCCGCCGUCUGGAGGCCUACAACACCUCCAAGUCCCCCUCAUCGCCCGGGCUCAGCUACCCACAGUACUACUGCGCCGGUGCGUUCGCGGGAAUCGCCAACUCCGUGAUCUCGGGCCCCAUCGAACACGUGAGGAUCCGACUGCAGACGCAACCCCACGGCGCCGCACGCCUGUACAGCGGCCCGCUGGACUGCGUACGCAAGCUCUCCGCGCACGAGGGUGUACUGAAGGGCCUGUAUCGUGGAGAGGCGGUCACCAUCCUCCGCGAGGCGCAGGCCUAUGGCGUCUGGUUCCUCGCUUUCGAGUGGAUGAUGAACGCCGACGCCUCCCGCAACGGCAUCGACCGCAAGGCCAUCGCCACGUGGAAGGUUGCUUUCUACGGGGGUUUGGCUGGGGAGGCGCUGUGGCUGGGCAGCUACCCGCUGGAUGUCGUAAAGAGCAAGAUGCAGAGUGAUGGCUUUGGCAAGGAAAUGAAGUAUAAGGGGAUGAAUGACUGUUUCAGACAGACUUACAGAGCGGAGGGACUGAGGGGGUUUUGGAAGGGCAUCUUCCCGACGCUCUUGAGGGCUAUGCCUGUUAGUGCGGGCACGUUCGCUGUGGUGGAGAUGACAAUGAGGGCCAUUUCUUAG